AUGAACUACAUCGGCACCGCCAGCCUCAUCCAGGAAAUCGACAAAAAACAUUUGGUCCUCCUUCGAGAUGGUAGAACACUGAUAGGAUAUUUACGAAGCAUCGAUCAGUUUGCAAACUUGGUGUUACACCAGACGGUGGAGCGCAUUCACGUGGGCAAAAAAUAUGGCGACAUCCCUCGAGGCAUCUUUGUUGUGCGAGGCGAGAACGUUGUCCUGCUGGGGGAAAUAGACCUGGAGAAGGAGAGUGACACGCCUUUGCAGCAGGUGUCGAUCGAGGAGAUCCUGGAGGAACAGCGAGUGGAACAGCAAGCCAAGCAGGAAUCGGAGAAGCUAAAAGUGCAGGCACUUAAGGAGCGGGGUCUUUCAAUCCCACGGGCAGACACUCUAGAUGAGUAUUAGGUGUUCUGCCCAUCGGACAAUUUGCUCUGUCCAAGCAAGCAGAGCGCUUUGCAUUUAGACCACACUUGGCUAGAGGGUGUGUAGGUCUGUUUUGAAAGGCUGUUCUUUGUUUUUUGGUGUUUUUUUUUUUUUUUUUUUUUAAUUUUGGGCUUAUGUUUUCUGUGGCACAGAUACACUAUUAAAAUCAUGUUGUUUUCACAAAAUCGUUGUUUAUGAAGAAUGAAGGUGUCUGACUAGCCUUUAAUAUACCCACAUGCGAUGGUGCAGUUUAAAGUGCAGUGCAUGGAGAGAAACUUUUUUUUUUUUCUUCAAGUGAUUUUUGGGGAAACUGUUCCUCAGCAUGUAAAUAAAACCUGGAUCCUGACAAUGUAAUCAAUACUGACCUGUA